AUGCGGCGCUGUCGGGGCGCGGGGCUGGCGGCGCUGCCCGUGCUGCUGCUCGUGGCUUCAGGCAGAGCCCAGGUACAGCAGGAGCCACUGCUGGAGACCACCGAGGGCUCCGGCAUCAAAAUCAGCUGCUCACAUCCCAAAAAAGAGAGCGGCGAUUACAUCCAUUUCUACCGUCAGCUCCCGGGCCGAGCACCCGAAUUCCUCGCCCCCGCUGCUAGAGGCUCCAAGGAUGUGCCGGCCAUUGCGGGCCAGCUGCGGGUGUCGGCAGACCGGCGCUGGAGCGCGCUGUGGCUCGGGCGGCCCCGGCGCGGGGACGCGGCCGUGUAUUACUGCGCGCUGGGGGCCCGGGCAGAGGAGCCGGGGCUGCGGCCGGGCACGAACCGCCGCGGGCGGGGCCGGCCGGGGCCAGCAGGGGGCGCUGCCGCUCGGCCCGCCGGGCCCCGCUUUGCCCCGCAGCUCCUUCCUCUGCCCCGAGCCCGCACGCACCGACCCCGCACAGCCCCGCACGGCCCCGCACACGCCUCACAACCCGCCUGCAGCCUGCGCUCGCACACUCGCCACACACAGCCCGGCCUCCCCUCGCUCCCGAGCCCGCCGCCGCCUCACACCAAACUGCUGCCGCCUGCGCCUCUGCCAGCGCCUCUCGCCCUCCGGCCACGCCUGCUGCUGCUCUCAAGACCCGAGCGCCGCCCCACUCCCAGCGCGCUCGCCUCCCCUCCGUUCCCGGCCAGGAGUCGGCGAGAGCCCGAGCAGCGCCGGCGCAGGGCUGUGCCCCGGGGCAGAGCUGGCGGCGUUGCAGAGGAGGCGGCACGGGCGCAGCAGAGCCGGGGCUGA